ACCAAACGGCUGAUACGUCAGACGGGAGAAACUCAAAUCAUGGCGGUUUGCUGCUUUACAACAGUAACGGGAGUUGUAGUGUUUUGCUGCCACCCAGACAGAGGCGAUUCAACGGGACUACUUGGAAGAAAACUUCCUGAGAUUUUCAUCAAAGAGAAAAGGAAAGUAAACGGAGCCGGGAUCAGGACAGGUAGGGGACCUGGACAUGCAUCCAUACCCACCAAGGAUGCUCUGAACUGUGCAACAUCUGCUGAAGUGUCCCCCUCAAUGUAGCUAUGGCCUCAGCAGCGUCUAGCCCAGGCCCUGCCUCUCUGGGCUCGCAGGUUCAUGCUGCAGCUGUCAAUGGAGAUAGGAGUGCCCUCCUCAAACUCAUCACAGCAGAUCCCUCUCUGCGGGACCGUGAGGAUCAGUUUGGUCGGACCCCUUUGAUGUACUGUGUGCUGGCUGACCGCCUGGAUUGUGCAGAGAUUCUGUUGAAGGCUGGUGCCUCGGUCAACAAGACUGACCACAGCCAGCGUACGGCUCUGCACCUUGCAGCACAAAAGGGGAAUGUGCGUUUCCUGAAGCUGCUGCUGUCCAGGCGUGCUAACUGGUUGCAGAAGGAUCUAGAAGAGAUGACGCCCCUCCACCUAGCCACCCGACACCCCUCCCCAAAAGCCCUCGCCCUCCUGCUCAAACACAUCGGACCUGGAGAAGUUGACACACAAGACAAGAACAAGCAAACUGCUCUCCACUGGUCGGCAUUUUAUAACUGACCGGAGCACGUUCGUCUCUUGAUCAAGCACGACUCAAAUAUCGGCAUACCAGACAGUGAGGGCAAGAUCCCUUUGCACUGGGCGGCUCACAGUCAGGAGCCCAGUGCUACGCAAACUGUCCGCUGUAUACUGGAGGCAGCUCCCACUGAGUCCCUAUUGAACUGGCAGGACUAUGAGGGGAGGACACCCCUUCACUUUGCCGUUGCUGACGGUAACGAGGCCGUGGUUGAGGUCCUGACAUCAUACGAGGGCUGUAAUGUGACAGCUUAUGAUAACCUCUUCAGAACACCGCUGCACUGGGCGGCUCUGCUCGGACAUGCCAAAAUUGUCCACCUGCUGCUUGAGAGAAACAUAUCAGGAACGAUUCCCUCAGACAGCCAAGGGGCAACACCUCUGCACUACGGUGCUCAGAGCAACAAUGCUGAGACAGUGGGUGUCUUUCUGUCCCAUCCAUCUGUGAAGGAUGAGCCUGAUCUGGAAGGGAGGACAGCCUUCAUGUGGGCUGCUGGGAAGGGCAGCGAUGAUGUCCUUUGCACCAUGCUGGAUCUUACUCCUCUCAUUGACAUCAACAUGGCCGACAAGUACGGAGGAACCGCGCUCCAUGCGGCCUCCCUGUCUGGCCAUGUGAGCACAGUGAAGCUGCUGCUAGAGAGAGGGGCCAUGGUCGACUCACUGGAUGUGAUGAAACACACACCGCUGUUUCGUGCAUGUGAGAUGGGACACAGAGAUGUUAUACUCACACUCAUCAAAGGUUCUGCUCGUGUGGACCUGGUGGACGUGGAUGGCCACACAGCUCUGCACUGGGCAGCUUUGGGUGGGAAUGCUGAAGUCUGCCAGAUAUUGAUGGAGAAUGGGAUUAGUCCAAAUGUUCAGGACCAGGCAGGACGCACUCCGCUGCAGUGCGCUGCCUAUGGCGGCUACAUCACCUGCAUGGCUGUUCUCAUGGAGAACAAUGCUGAUCCAAACAUUCAGGACAAAGAGGGGCGGACUGCUCUCCACUGGUCAUGCAACAACGGUUACCUGGAUGCUGUGAAACUGUUACUGGGCUACAAUGCCUUCCCCAACCACAUGGAGCACACUGAGGAGAGGUACACCCCUCUGGACUACGCUCUGCUGGGAGGGCACAGCGAGGUGACUCAGUUUAUGCUGGAGCACGGUGCUUUAUCCAUUGCAGCCAUCCAGGACAUCGCUGCUGCCUCCAUCCAGGCUGUGUACAAGGGCUACACCGUCCGCAAGGCCUUCAGAGAGAGAAAGCAGCUCCUUAUGAGGCACGAGCAGCUGCGCAAAGACGCCGCAAAGAAACGUGAGGAAGAACAGCGAAGGAGGGAAGCAGUGCAGCAGGUGUCUGCGGCCUCUCCAGAGAAACGCCGGCCCCCGUUGAUGAAAACAGAGCAGGGAAAGCUGUCCUUAGUGAACAUGAUGGAUAUCUUAACCAUGAAAGAGUCAGUGGCAGAAACGAAGAAAUCAUCCAAAACCAAAGAGGAGAGGCACAAAGUCCACAGGAGGAGAUCCUCCAAAAGAAGUAAACCACCUGAACUCAGUGAGGUCGCUGAUGUUUUGAGCACCCACAAGGAUGUUACAGGUGACACUGUCCCCUGUGCUUCCCAGCCCAACCGGCUGAAGGAACUUCUCUCUCCUUCCAGCUGCAGCCAGCCGCCAGCCCUAAAGCCAGGAUCCCCCUCCAUGCCCAAAAUCAGGGACCGACCAUCCUCGAUCACAUUUGUCUCUGUGACCAACCAAACUGACACUAUCACACAAGAAGGCCUCCCCCUGAAAAGGAGGGACGCUCACAUGACUGUGCAGACGGCCCCUUGCAAGACUGAUUCCCACACCUCGCUGCAAAAGCACAGAAACCGCAAGGAGCAGACUUCAGAAAAGGCCGCCCUCAAAGACAAAACUCAUGCUCCCUCAUUAGGAAGCAGUUCAUCUUUAGACCACAAAAACCCUUCCAGGAAUACUCAGUCAGCCACACAUGCACCUCUCUCAACACGCACGCACAGGGAACUCAACAAGGAGCAGCGCAGGGCGAGGAACAAGGCUGCACGCACCAUCCAGCGAGCCUGGAGAAGGUUUCACGCACGCAGGCAGAGAGAGGCAAAGAGCCAUGAAGAGGUGGAGUCAAGUGGUGUAAGCCGCACCCUGAACAGGAAGAAGUUGGAAAUCCGACAUCAGGCUACUAAAGUGUUGGCGAGUAAGAGCUCAGUGCUGCAAAGUAUUUAUGGCAACUCUAUGGCCAGACGAGGGCGUUCACUUCGGGGCUCUCAGUCUCAGCUACUCCUGGAUCUCCCUUUACGCACACAGAGCCAAUUGAGUGGUAUAGACUGCGUGCACCUGACUGAUGCCGUGAAUCAAGCCAAGCAGUUCUCCUACCACCUGAGACCACAGAGCGCUGGUCAGGGGACGAGAGGCCGGGGAAAACAUUGAAGCCACACACAAUCACACACACUUCUCAUGUUCUUUGAUGUUUUCUCAGCUGGCUGGCAGCCUUACCUCUAUAGAAUUACUCCACAUAUUGUUCGCUCAAUGUGCCAAGCUUUCUAAAAUUAAGCCAUAUGACAUCAGAGCCAUGACCUCACAGGGUGGGGUUAAGUCUACAGAAAUGGUGUGUGUAAAAGAUAACCUUUCAUCCAUUGUGGAAGGAACACAUACAUACGCCAUCCCGCUCGCUCUCCGUCGCUCUCGCACACACACUGCGAUAACCUUUCCUCCUGUUGUGGAGAAUGAGGCAGUCUAUCAACAGCCGGUCAUACAGAUAGCCCACCUGCAGCCUCUCUCUCACACACACACACACACACACACACACACACACACACACACACACACACACACACACACACACACACACACACACACACACACACACACACACACACACACACACACACACACACACACACACACACACACUGUUCUACAAGUGCUUUCACCCUACAGAGAGGAUUAUUUUUAACUAUGCAGUUUGUAUUUACUGUGAUACACAUUUGCACAUUGUUUAGAUAUGCAUACUGUACCUCUGUCGUUUGUCGUUUUUUUAAAUAUGUUUGAAAGAUGAAAUAAAACUGACAAAAAGCCUGA